AUGAGAAGAGGGAGGGUACAACCGACGAUAGGUUGGACGAGGCCCGAAGCGAAUGUCGCCUGUCACCAGUGGGAAUGUACAUUACGUGCAGCACAAACUCCCGUCCCACAAUUAUCAACACAUGUGAUACAAGAAUGGUCACGAAGUCUCCACUGGCUUCCAUCCAAGGCUUGGCCAUACGAUGAUGGGAAGGUUGUAAACUGUCGCAUCUCCUCUGGUAAUCGUGAGAUGCAUCUUUGCUGCUUCGCCUCUCGCAAAGCCAUGAAAAAUCGAAAUCCUGGCGUCGUGCACAUCGCUUGUCGGCGACCCUAUGCGUACGCCUGCCAUGAGAUGUCUUACGCCUCAAUCGACUAA